AUGUCCGACUUUACCGACAAACUCUCGCCACGGGCCAUUGGCAACGGCAUCAAGAGCCGAGUCUCUGGUCUAGUGCCUAUUCGCAAUGACCCCCCUUAUAACAAGGUCAUCAAUCGCCUCACCAAGAUCAGCAAAGUCGCAAAGGAGACCCGUUAUAAGAAGCGAAAUGUCUCCAAACUGUCGGCCACGGCCAUGUUGAUACUAUCACAAACCGAUAUCAGAUUCCUGCACCGAGCCAUCGUCCAGGUGUCGAAGCCUGCCAUUCACCGACAAGUCAACGUACCCCUUGAAGCCAAGACAACCAUGAAUAUUGAUACAGUGCCUGUCCAACAAGAGACACGGCCUCCCCAGCAAGAGAUAUCUGCCCGAAUACAGAGGCAUCGGGCUUGUAUGCCGGCACUUAUAGUGGGUGGCUUCAGGGGAAAGGAUAUUGAUGAGAUUGAUCAGAUUGAUCAGAUUGAUCCGAGCCGGAUCCUCACACAAAACCUCUGCGCAUUGCGCCAGGCCGGUAAAUGGGAGAAGAGGAAUCUGCAACAAAUCUGCUUAUCGCGAGCUCAGAUUGCGGCAAUCGAAAGAAGGAAGGAAAGAGAAGAAGACGAAGAAGAAGAGAGGCAAAGGAUGACAAGGCAGCCCCCGAAGCCACUGCAACGCGGGGAUCCCAUCAAACUUUGGCACUCCAAUUGGAAAGCCAAAGAGUGGCGAAAGAAAAGGGAGGUUUUUGACCAACCUGCUUGUUAUUAA